CCAAUGGUUAGCCCAGCGGUGUAAUGUCGACGUCUCACAGGAAGACACAUUUGAAGUUGAGCUUGACCAUGCGCUAAAUGUUUUUAUAUCAAACGCUUAAAUCCGCACAUGUGCCCACGACACAACGUAGAAUCGUUUUAUUUGCCAAGAAGAUUUUAAAAAGUAAUGAAAAAGCUCAAGAGAAGCAAACUAAAUGGGACGAAUGUACCUGUCACGAAAGAAGUGAACUGUGGGAAGAAGCAGAAGUUGACUGAGAUCCACCUGGCGUUAAACAGUGAUCCGGUGGACAUCGAGUCCCUGAGGAGGGCUGCGGCCAGUCAGGGAGGGCUGCUUUCAAAUGAACUUCGCAGGAAAGUGUGGCCCAAACUACUCAACGUCAACGUGUAUGAUCUUCCACAUAAGCCUAGAAAAGAUGGACGAGAGAACCACAAGGACUACAACCAGGUGGUUCUUGAUGUCAAGAGAUCCAUGAAGCGCUUUCCAAAAGGUAUGCCGUCUGCGGAGCGAGCUGUACUCCAAGAGCAGCUUGUUGAUAUCAUCCUGGAGGUUCUGAGGUGCAACACGCAGCUCAACUACUAUCAGGGCUACCACGACGUGGCCGUUACGCUGCUGCUGGUUGUUGGAGAGCGUAUGGCCAUCGCCAUGCUGCAUACUUUAUCCAAAUAUCAUCUCAGGGACUUUAUGGAUCCGACAAUGGACAGCACAAAGCACAUUUUAAACUACCUGAUGCCUUUAUUGGAAGAAGUUGACAAAGAACUGCAUGACUUUUUGCUCAGAGCGGAGGUGGGAACCAUCUUUGCCCUAUCUUGGCUAAUCACUUGGUACGGACACGUCCUGUCCGAGUUCAAACACACGUUGAGACUGUAUGACUUCUUCUUGGCCUCACACCCCAUUAUGCCAAUCUACCUCGCUGCUACUAUUGUGCUGUACAGAGAGCAGGAGGUGAAGCAGACGGAAUGCGACAUGGCCAUGGUGCACCACCUCCUCUCUCGCAUCCCCCAAGACCUUCCGUACGAACUCCUGAUCGGCCAGUCCCAAAACCUGUUCAACCGCUACCCUCCAGCUGUGCUGGCUAAACGAGCGGCGCUACAAUCUCGUAAAAGCUUGUCCAUAAGCACCUUCAAGGCCUUUCAACAAUCAACCUUCCACCAGAGACCGGACUCGGUUCUCCAGCGUCUCACCAAGGCUCAGGCCACCACUUCCAGACAAGCUCGCCACUCGGGCCUGGACGUAGCUUUGCCCCAGGAUGGAGGCCAGCGGUGGGGGAAGGGGAGCAGGAUGGUGAAAAUGGCGGUCUGGGGGCUGUCAGCCACACUGGGGGCGGCCAUUUUUGCCGUGGCCCAGACGGCCAUGGAGUGGGCGCCCGACACGUUGUUACAGCUCUUCUGAUGGGCUUCUUCUUAGCUUCACGGCAAGGACUCGAACCCUGUAUCUGAGGCGGAAGUAGCUCCAUGGUUUAAAGUCCCACGGUUGGUCAUUACUGUGUGUGUGUGUGUGUGAUCCAUAUAUGUCUUAUUUAUGUUAGUGCGCUUGCGGGAAUCUCGGAAACCAAAAAGUGCCCUAAGGGGCAAAUAGCCUAAGGCCAAAUAACAUUUAAAAACUGAAAGCUUCUCAACGUGGAUUAAGAGAAUGAAAAACGGGGGGUGCACAAUUAAUUGUUGCAUUGUACUCGAGCAUAAUAAUAGGACUUUUUCAGAAAACGUUUGUAUAUUUGUCGAUUUUUAUGUUUUCAAACUGUUGAGCUGCACCCCCCCACACACCCACUAAAUAAAUACAUGAAGCUCUCACGUUGAAAUAUUAAGCAGGGUUGUACCCAAACAGAACUUUUACUUAACCCUAAUCAUAGACGAGCAAAAAUAUUGUAAUUAUUCAUAACGUGCAAUGAAAACAAAAUUUAAAAAAUGGAUUUAUUCCUCUGAAAAAGUAGUCUCUUGGAGGAACAUUCAAGAGUAUUAUCGUUUACUACAUCCAAAAAUUGAAUAUUAAUAAUACAGCUGUGUGUGUGUGUUAGCAAUGUAGCGAUUUCCCCAGCAAUGCAAUGUCUGCUCCGUGUACCGACGUCUUCUGCUUUGAAAUAUUCAUCAGCUUUUGCAAGCUUGCGCCAGCUGCAUCUGUUAGCCCAAGUUCGCCUUGGCCUGCCUCGGUCGGCUUGGCCCUCCGCUCAGUUGAAACGGUGACUAUAAUAACGUGUACACCCGUUUUGUUUUGUUUUCGUGGAGGACUUAUUGUUUUUUUUUGCACCCCAUAAUGAACACGUGCCAGUUGGAUGCUCUGAUGACGGGCUGUUUGUUCUACACUGUUGCAGUCCGUCAAAACAAAUCAAGAUGUGGCUCCUAAUCCCAAAAACUGGCAAAAACACCAUGCAGCAUUUAGCUCCUCGUAGUUUACCUAAAGUCUUUUAUGUAUCGCUAACCUGCCUUACAAACAAUUGCCGACUGGCAGAAAUAAUCAAGAAGAUGCUACUCAAAUUGUUAAAGCUGUGAUCUAAAAAAAAAAAAAAGUAGUCCUGUAGGUGUCGCCAAUGUGCCUCAAACUAUUGCUGAAUAUCAAAUCACGACUUGACUUCCUACAGCGUUGCUAAAUUUGAGGAAUUAUCAGUCCCCGUCAGUGUGUCACUCCAUUAGCUAGUUUGUUAGUUGGCCGCUUUUCUGCAAUAGAAAGCUUAUAGAGACUUUUAUUGUUAAUUACUUUAAUUAGGCGCUCAAUAAGUCAGCGCCUUGCAGGCCAGUUUGAAUUUUGUGUCAGUGCUUUUUUUGCACAAACAUAUCGUUUUAAUUCGCACAGCCUGACUUUUUGUUGUAGGGCACCAUUAAGAAUUACUGAGGUCAAUAAAAGUGAAAAUGAAACCUAAUUAAAAAAUAAUGGCGCACAAAAGAUAUUUGAAAAUUUGGACAAACUUGCCCCUGCUAUCAAACAAGAAGACGUGUACGGAACAUUCAUUAUGCCAACGUGCUUUAAAUAAGUGUUUCUUGAAAGGAUAGCAAAAAAAACAUUUAAAAAAAAUAAAAUAAUAUUUAUUACUGCAGCGCUUAUUCAACGAUGCCAAAGAAUUCUUAUGUAUUGGUAGUCCUCUGAAAUUGCACCGGUGCUUUCGUGAAAAGCAGUGAAUAAACAAUGAUUGAUGGUAUUCUUAUGUUUUCUGUCCUCUAUUUUGGUAAGUUAACUUACAAAAAACAUUUUUACCUGUUCUCCAAUUCUGUACAAAAUAUAAAAUGCCCAACAUUGAUUUCAUAGUUCCGCAGAAAGAAUUGCAGUUCUAUUACUUUCAAGAGAAAAUCAUAGUCUAAGUACAAGAAUUUACUAGUCAUUUCUAAAGACAUUUGGUUGGAUUUGAUCAAAAGUAAUACCAUGCUGUUACUAUGCUAACAAUUUUGUCGGCCCCUGUCAGAACAAAUCAAUAAUACUUCCAGUGCGGACCGAACGCUAAUGCUAAAAACAAUACUCGUAGCAAGUUUGCAUCUGUGGUGCUUUGCCUUUGCAAUUAAAUGAUGCGUAAAUUCAGAUGUUGUCAAAAGGCAUCCACUGAGAAUGGAGGUCAUAGUUUUGUGUGGGGGUUGUGCACCCCUGGCAAGGGACACAUGCACACACACACACACGCACACUCUUCUUGCAACAUUAGUCACUACUUGUUGGUGCCCUAAAAGGCCAACUCGGGUUACCUUCCAAAUCUACAAGCAUGUGUUUGUGUUGCAUGUGUGCAUGUAGAGGUGUGUGUAAAGCGGCAUGCACGUGUGCUUUGUAGCACACGGCCCUCGCCAGGGACGACAGCUGCUCCAGGGGUCUGCCUGUUUACAUACUCAAUGUAUUUUUUGGGAGGAAGUGACAUCAGGCAUUGUGGGUCAGUGGUAGUGUCGUUGUCUCCCAACUAGUUGGUUGUGGGUUUAAUCGUCAAACCUGGUGAUCAAUUCGGAGUGGCCUUCAGUGAAGAUGAGGCUUGUAGUUUUCUCCCAGUGAAUCUAGUAGCAGGCUCCCUUUGGUCAUUUGAGUGAAGGAUUGUGUUUGCUCUCCAUUUGGCGGUUUGUGCAAAAAUAAUUGAAAUGACUAAAAGGUAGCAAGAUUUUGUACAAAAGCUUGUUGGAGUGAAAUGACUGUGUCUGUAAAAUCCAUUCUGCGCCCAAGCCCUCAUGUCUUACAAGUCACCCUCCCCCAACUCAGCCCUUCACUCUGUCAUGGAUCAGAGAACAUGUCGCAAAGUGCUUCGCAGGCAACACGUGUGCCCUGCAACCCUUGCAUACUGAUGAUGUGUCUCCGCUUCUUCCUGCCUGAAGUCUAAAUAGGAAUUUACUAGCAUUAUUGUAUUGUUUUUUUUUGGAACAAAUAGUUUCUCCGUUGCAUCACUCAAAUGAAAGAAAAGAAGGCGAUAAAAAGCUCCAAUGGAGACAUUAACACCAGUCUUCUAAAAAAAAGACACUCCCUUAAUUGGUGUUCAGAGCUGUCAAGGCAGUCUGGCGAGUCGCGGCCUAAAUUAAACUAUUUGGAACAUCGGUGCAGCAGGUGCUGUGCCUGUGGCAGUGAAAAUAAAGCCUAUCAUUUAGAGGAGCUGCCAUUUUGCCAAUUGCCCUCGACUGAAAAUCACUCAGGGUCAUCCAAAAGAAAACCCACCCCCCACCCCCACCCACUCAAAUAGAGAAGGACUAUACAUUGGAAGCAAACUAUGGAAUCAAAUAAGCAGAAGGUUGGGGUGGCUUCCAGAGGACAAAGACAAGGUCAAUGUGGGGUCCCUAGAGGGAACUGUCCUCUUGGUGGACAACGUUUCGUCGGAUGCAAAGUCAAUCUUGGCAAAGAAAUGACUGUUUCGGAGAGGCCACCGUGGGCUGUCUCGCACGAUUCUGCAAAAGUGCUCUUUGGCGUCUGUUGUCACCGAGAGCAUCCUCAAACCGACCACAAGAUGGUGGCAACGUGAUGCCUGGCUCCAUGAACCAAGAUGAAUGGUGGCCAGAAGAUGUAUCAGAGAAGCAGGCAACAACCAAGAAGUUGUAUGAAGAAAAGAAGAGUUUGUCAACUAGUUUUGAAACUAAAGUCAUUUAUUUGUAUUGUGCAUUUAGCUAUUGUGCUUCAUGAAUAAAAUGCUUACACAUCCA